UAUUUCUUUUGGCAGGUUAUAAAAACGAAAAGAAAAAAGCCUUCUUAUGCCAAAAUUUCCUCCAUCAUCUUCUACUUCCUCUCAUCUUCCAUGGCGUUGAAAUUCUCUCAGAUAAUCUUUAUUGUUAUUUGGCUCUCUCUCUUCUUCCUCCUCCUCCUCCACCACUUGUACUUCUUCAACCUCCACCGUCUCUACUCUCUAAAUGUGGUGGAGCCGUCGGUUUCGAAGCACCACGAUCAUCGUCUCUACACCAUUAGUAGAUUAGUCAGCAGAAAAGCUCUCUCCCACACAUUUGACUUCACACCUUUCCAGCACCGGAAAAACAACCACCAUCAUCCUCGUUCCGGGGAGGCACACGGCGGCGAUGAGAUCGAUCCUCGUUACGGAGUGGAGAAACGCCGUGUUCCCUCCGGACCUAAUCCGUUGCACCAUUAAUUGAUGAAUGACGAUGACACGUGCUUGGUUUGAGUGGUAACAUAUAAGCCAAAGAUACACCUUUACCUACCUUUUUUUGUCCGAAAGGGGAAACUUAAAGAUUAGAGUAUUUCAUUUUCUUAGAUACGAAUACGUUUUACGAGUUGGGUUUGAUACGUUUUUCUUCUUUAAAUCAUAGUAAACAAAGGGUAUUUUAGUUUAGCUUCUUUUUUUGUUUUUUGUUUUUUGAUAAAUCCUAUGGCGACUGAUUUGGUACGCCUCGGGAGGAACGCACUUAGUGCUACAGAGUGGACUGUCAGACCCGAGUUUGAUCUACCAUGUAAACAAUUUGGGCCGAAAUUCAAGCUCCGACUGACCAAAUGAUGAUAAUUUAGUUUUCAGAAGGAAUCGAACAUAUGAAUGAUGUGGAUAUACAUCAAACCCCAAAAAAUUGCUAUUAUACUACAACCAAUUGGUUUUUAGUUUUUGUUUUGAUGAUUAUAUAUGUAAAUAUAUUUAGUUACUCAAGAAAUUGUCAUCUUGAUUAUUGUGAUUUGUUUUGUUACUUUAGAAUAUCUCCAAGUUCACUUCAUUUUUGCUUUAAAAUGAAAUUUUGAAUAAAAAAGGUUUUAAUUUUACUUUAUUUUUUUGUUUUAUAAUGAAGAAAAAAAUGGAAUUAUUUAAUUAAGUAAUGAAUUUAUUUUUAAUUCAUUAUUCUAUUUUCACUUUAAAGUGAAGAAGGUUUAAGAAGGGUUGAAAUAAAAUGCAUCCCAUUAUAGAAUUAUUAUUGAAAAUAUGUUAUAAACUGAAGAUGCUAGCUCUUUAUUAUGUUAACUGUCAUGUAUAAUGAUUACUACUUAAAAUUAAAAUAAACAAAAUGGUCGUAUCACUAAUGAUGGAUUUUCAAAUAAUUUAACUUUGGGGUAGCCAACCAGUAGCUGCGACGGCACGUCAAAAAUUCACAACUCAAAAGAAAUUCUAGAUGCGUUAUUAUACCGCAUAUAAAAUAAUUAAUCUCAUAUGUAUUAAUUCUUAAGAUGUUUUUAUAGCCACGUGUUAUCACUAAGAUGAUUUUUAGAAUUCUUGAAAAAUGAGCUAGUCCACAUAAAUAUAUAUUAUAUUUUUUAUUAAACUAAUUAUCAAAUUGAUUAAUAGUGUACCAAAUUUUUCGUUUAUUUCAUUAAAUAAAAGAUACGAAAUUAUCUAAUAUGAUUAACAUAUAUAUGAAAAUUAAUGAUUAUGAAUAAUACAUAUUCAAUUUUGUAUCCUCUCUCUUUUUUGUUUAUUUUUAUAUUAUUAAAAAAAUUAAACAAUCACAUUAAGCAUAUAAUAAAAAAUAGUUUUUUUCUUCUAUGUUAUAUUUUUGAAUUUUUUAAAAUGACUAUAAAUUACUAAAAAUGGUAAAAGUCUCAUAUUGAAAAUUUUGUGAUUAAUGGUUUAAUUUGUUUUUGCUCAAGCACGAUACAAAUAAUGAUAAAUAGUAUGGAUAUAAAUCAAAUUAAAUACUAUAUAUAAAUAUUUUAAUUUCAAAAUUUUCAGUAAAAAUAUUGAGAUCUUAAUAUUUAAUUUUGAAAUUUGUAUUAAAAAAUCUUACAUUGAAAGUUUUGUGAUUAACGGUUUAAAAUUUUGUUGCAGCAAAUAUACAAAUGUUAAUAAAAUCAUAUGAAUAGAAAGUGUCAAUAAUAAAUAUGUAUAUUAAAAUAUAUUUUAUAUAUCUAUGUAAAUAUCACUAAAGUUUAAUUACAUACCAAAUAAAGUAAAUAAAAUGAUUGUUUUAAUUUAUUUACCAAAACAUGAUUGUAAAUUAACAAAAGAUAUUGGUUUUGAUUUAUGUUCUUACUCUUAUGUAUAUAAUUUUAUGUAUAUAUAUUAUUUUUUAAGUAGGUAGUUUUUAAAAUUUUAUUUGAUUUUGACAUUCCCAGAAAUACAAUUCUUCAAAUCGAUGUGAUUUUUAAAUAUUGGAAGCAAUAUAUAUAUAUAUAUAUAUAUAUAUAUAUAUAUAUAUAUAUAUAUAUAUAUAUAUAUAUUAUUUCAUUCAGAUUAAAUAAUUUAGUCAUUAUUUUUAUUAUUAUAAAGUAUUUGAUGAAAUACCAUGACAAGAUUCCAAUCACCUCCUUUUGAGUUUGUUCGAAGAAUGAGAGAUUUGUUCAUUCGUCUAAUAUUUGUUUCUCCCUAAUACCCUAUAUAGCUAUUAUAAUUGUAAAAAGAGAGAUUUGAACUAUUUAUUAUAAGUUUUCUGGUUUAUCAUUUAAUAAAUAUAUAGUUUACAUAUACUAGAAUGGUAAAGUAUUAUCUAUAUUUUUAUCGAUAUACUCUUAAGUAACUAAACUUCAAAAGCGUAGGAUAAUUAUAAAAUAAGUAAUUUGUUUUGUUAUGAUUUUUAGACCGAAUUAGUGAAUUUAUACUAGACAGACAUUUAUAUUUCGAGUAUGCACUUAUAUUCUAUAACAGCUUGAUAUAUUAGAUUUGAACGCUGGUGAUUUUCUUUAAAAAUUUGAUGCUUAUCUGGAGCGGAACAAAUUUUUACAGAUUUCCAUCGAGAGAAAAAACACAAUUCUAUAAAGGUAAAAAAUGAAAUCACUUGUGGAGAGACAAGUAAACAAAACGAGAGCAGAAAACCUAAUCCCCUUUCAUCAUUUUACAAUCGAUGUUGCCUAUCUGGUUUUGGUAAUUAGUGUCAGCCACAAAACUUAAUUUCUUUUUGUGUAUAUGAAGUCUUUAAAAGAAAUGAGUUGUAAUAUGUUAACUGUUCAACAACGAUAUAUAAUACAUUUAAGAGACAAACAUUUGUAUUCGCCAUUUUACAAUCGAUAAGGAUUAUAGUAUUGCAAAAUAUUAAAACCAUUUAAUGAACAAACAUUAAUAUAAAAAAUUCACCCCGCGCAUGCGUGCAUGCUAUCAUGCUAUCAUCUAGUGGUAUAAUAUUAACUAAAACUUAAUGGUAUAAUUAAAACAUAUGUUAAGCAAGUACUAAUGUUUGUUUCACACGAUCGAAAACUGUCGACAACAAGUUUUUUUCUGUUAUAAUUUUCGUUGUUUUAUCUGGCAAAACUUGUUUAUAAUAAGGUUGAUAAUCUAUUUGGCUAAAAGAAAUAUCGUAUAUUAUCAAAUGCGGAUCAAACUACGAUUGUAUGCUAAAUUUAUCUGAAAAAAAAUUCAAAACUUAUUUUUUCUCGAAAUAAAACUUCACAAAUUAUUUGCAAAAUAAAGAUAAACCGAGUAAACCUAAUCAAAAACGAACAAAACCAUAAUACAACUAAACCCAUAUCAAAAACUAACCCAACCACCUGUCUUCUUCUUCAAACCCUUUAUUUUCCAGAUUUUUACCGACAAUUUUCUUUUCAUGAUCGUUUACAAAAGCAUCACAAGAUAAAACUAAACAAACUUAGAUUCUUCUCCCUUUUGAAAGAUUAUGAUACAACACAAAGAGAGAUUAAGGAAUACAUUAGUUUAAAAUUUUAUGGAACGAAAAUUUUAACGAAAAAGUGAAACCAGAAAAGAUUUACAUGGGGAAAAAAGAAGAAGUGUGGGGUCAUUAUUGUAGGGUAUGGUUAAAACAAUUUAGACUGGUUUGAUUUAAUUGUAAUGAAGUUUAAUUUUAGUUUAAUAUUAUAUUUAAAUAGUUAAUGGUUAACAGAUAUAUAAUAAACCAAAUCUAUUCUGAUUUAUGUGUUUUGAAAUUUAGAAGCAUGAGUAUGUGUGUUUCGAAGUUGUGAAAUUUUAAUUUGGAGCAAAAUAAAUUUCUAACUUUUUAGGGCAUUUUGCAUAAUUGCACUCUCUGUGUACGCAUUUAUGCAAAAUUAGCUAUGUACCAAAAAUCACUAUUAUACACUUCACAUGCUCCAAAUUUGCCUUGCUCUAAUUCAGCUCUGAUCCAACACGUGAUCCACAACAGUGCUUUUAAGGCAGAUUGUUAAUUUUAUCAUUUCUUUUGGUUUUUAAGUCGAUUGACUCAACUUUUUAAAGAUAAAUUUAGCAUGGGAUUUUAAUUUGGAUUGCAUCUGAUGCUAUACGAUAUUUUUAUGAGGAAAUAGAUUGUCGAUCCUUUUAUAAUACAUGCCGGUUUAUUAUGAGAAUCAACAGUUUCUUAUUUCUUAAAAACAAUAUACAUGUAGUAAACGGUUUCAUUAAAUGAUAAAAUAUGCAUAUAAGAGUAAAAUGAGUUUGUUAAUAAGCUAUCUGAAGAAACUUACCCGGACGUCUGAAGAAAAAAAUAUGUAUUUGUUAAGCUAUCUCGUGAAAGAGUAGGUUUAAACUUUAGAAUAAAGAUAAUAAGACAUUUCAUUUGGUGGACUGGACAUGACUUUGCCGCGUAUAAAUGUUUUGAUGUAUUUUCGAUAGAAAUAAGGAACAUUUCAUUUUACAUAAAGCCUCACUUUCGGUUGUACCUAAAAGAAAAUCUCAGGAUGUGCCAACUUUUUCCUAUUUGGUUUCUCUCAACAUCAACUAUUUUGUUCAAUUUAAAUAUAUAUUUUGCAUUAAGUGUAGUUGAAGAUGGACCAAGAUUCCAGUGCAAAUGGUAAACGACUGACUUUAUAAUCUUGAGUAAACAAUAUCGUCUUCUAGAAAAUUAAAACCAUCGAUUUAUUCUGCUUCUCCAUUAACUUGUUGCCCUUUAUUUUAGUCUAGCGUUGUGUGCCCGUCAUUUUUUUCUUUCUGGGACCUAUUUUCAAAGAUUAGGUUUGUGUGGCGUUGUUGAUUAGUUAUCUGUUUAAUAUGAAUUUAUAAAAAGACAAAAUAAAAUAUGAGUCAGUAACACAAACAUUUUUUUUUUUAUCAUUCAAAACACUUGAUCGAAUAUAUCCUCUUACUUUAUUUUCUUGCUAAAAUAUAAACUUAAUUUGUUGUGAAUAUAUGCCCAAAAAAAAAAAAAAUUUGUUCAGAAUAUUAUCGCAUUCCCCUUCAACUAGCGGAGCUUCUAUUAAUAUAAAACCUUAGUGAUCUUCCAAAUAUAUCAGAACAUACACGUUAACUAAAAAUACAUUAAAAAUAUA